GGUCGAGGACUACUUGGGUGGAGCCGAGAAACCCUCAUCGCGGUCACAACAAAUAUCGAGUCAAUGGAGCUGCGGAGAAGUGAGAGUGCGACAAUUGGCUAUGAAGAGCAUCCAAGAGCGAGCACGACAGACGAUGUAGAGUGUUUCUUUGCUGGACUUCACCGACACAUGGGAAACACCUUUACCCUCAAGGAGUUGCAUGCUCGAUGGCCUACAGAAGUCAGGGAAUUCUCAAAGAGAAUUGACCCGGACCUGCCUUUCUACUACUGGACAAUCAGUGAGAGGUUCAGGGAAGCAGAAGACACUUACCCAUCCUUCAAUGAUGACCCUGAGGAUGGUCGUCUGCGCCUCCACCGACUGCGCAUUUGUAGAAGGGAAGACGCUUCGAUUUUCACAACUGCAAGGGGUGUCCUGCCGGUCAGGAACAGGGGGACAAUCAGGCAGAUACUGCACAGACCAGAAGUGCCACUGCCUGAGGUCCCAAAUAGCUUGCCACCUGUUUAGAAGAUUACUUUUAAACUGUUAUAUCCACAUCCAGGGUUGGACAAGUCCAAAAGUUUUAUUGUCCUAGCCAAGUGAAAGUGCUGAUUGGGCAAGCUCAUGUCCUACCCCACUUGCCCGAUUUUUUGAUGAGUGAGAUUUUGAUAUAAAUGUACUUUUUAGUCAUGGUACCAAGCAUUGUUUGUUUUUUUACAGAAGAAAGUGCCUGUAGCCACUUGUUUCCACCUGUCACCACUGUUGUAUAUAUCUAAGUCUUUUAUUUUAUGUAUGUUUACUUUUUAUUCUGUAUAUGUAUACUUGUAAAAGAUGCUAUUUUGUUGUAAGUGAGGAAAGAAGAGAACUCGGGUAUAGACAUUGUUGCAAGUGUUAUACAGGUAUUGACCUUAUAUGACAAUCAGUUUUUGAUCUUGAGACCACAGGUAUAUAUAGACAUUGUCGCAAGUGUUAUACAGGUUUUUGCCUAGUUAUGCUUUGAAGUAUCCUUCUGUCAAACUAGUUAUUGUAUAUAUGAGGCAAGCACUGCGGAUAUUGUUUUCUUCAGAACCUUUAGUUUUAUUGCUGAAUGUAUACUUAAAAGAUGCUAUUUUGUUGCAAGUCAAGAAAGAAGAGAACUCAGGUAUAUACAUUGUUGCAAGUGUUAUACUAGUUAUUGUAACUAGUUAUUGUAACUGUCAAACUAGUUAUUGAACUUAUGAGGCAUGCUCUUCAGAUUUUGUUUUCUUCAGAACCUUAAGUUUUAUUACUCAAUGAUACUCAUAAAAGAUGUUAUUUUGUUGCAAGUCAGGAAAGAGGAGAACAUGUAUAGUCCUAAGUGUUAUACGGGUUCUGACCUUAUAAGAUAUCAGUUUUUACCUUUCUCCAAGCAACCAACUGCCUAAUCCAACCAGCGACCAAUUUUUUUUGCAGUCGCAAAGUGGUAUCGCCCUCCACUCAACAGCCAAAAUUGGCCGCCAGGCAGCCAUCAACCAUUUUAGUUCAAGAUAUCUACCUUCAUUCAAACACCAGAUUCUAAUUGUUAGACAAACACUGCCUACUUAUGAUAGAACAAUAGUUUAUCAAAACUGACUUAAAUAAAAUAUAAGAGGACCACUGUCAACACAAUAAGAAGUAAACUGUCAGUAUUUUGAACCAUUAAAAUGUAAGAAUGUUCCUGAACCUAGGUAAUAGAAUAAAUGCUAAGUAUAUGAGUAUGAUGUGACAUAUUUUGGUCACAAAGUGUAGA